GAAUUUUCUUAGAUGUUAGUAUACACACAUAUAGUGGAUAAAUAGUUUAUAAACUCAAUUCCCCCAAGUGGCUCAACGUUGUCAUUAGCUAUAUUCUAAUUUAAUGAUUAUCAUCACAAACUGAUACCCAAUUUUUGGAAUGUAAUCCAUGGCUGCUCUUGGUAAAGGACAUAAAACAGCUUUCAUCUCUUGGCUUCGUCUCUUUUGCAAUUUUGAGUUAGCCAAGUGCUCAAGGGAGAUACAUAAUACCUGAAGAUGUCAAAGGCAAAAAGUGAUGCCGUCAGAGAACCAUUGGUGGACAAGAAUAUGGCUGGAUCAAAACCAGACCAGCCGUGGAUGGUUUAUCUCAGCACAUUUGUUGCGGUCUGUGGUUCUUUUGCGUUUGGUUCUUGUGCGGGAUACUCUUCACCUGCUCAGGCUGCAAUUAGGAAUGACCUUUCACUGACUAUAGCUGAGUUUUCACUCUUUGGCUCUUUGCUAACUUUUGGCGCAAUGAUUGGCGCUAUAACAAGCGGGCCUAUAGCUGAUUUGGUUGGAAGAAAGGGGGCGAUGAGAGUUUCCUCUGCAUUUUGUGUAGUCGGGUGGCUAGCAAUCUUCUUUGCCAAGGGAGUAGUGCCUCUGGACCUCGGAAGACUGGCAACGGGAUAUGGAAUGGGAGCAUUCUCCUAUGUGGUACCAAUCUUUAUAGCAGAAAUUGCACCUAAAACUUUCCGAGGGGCUCUAACCACACUGAACCAGAUUCUGAUCUGCACUGGAGUGUCGGUUUCCUUCAUCAUAGGCACACUAGUGACGUGGAGAGUCUUAGCAUUGAUAGGAAUCAUACCAUGCGCUGCCUCCUUUCUUGGCCUCUUUUUUAUCCCUGAGUCUCCAAGAUGGUUGGCAAAGAUGGGGCGUGAUACGGAGUUUGAAGCUGCACUGAGGAAGCUCCGUGGGAAGAAGGCUGAUAUUUCGCAGGAGGCAGCAGAGAUUCAGGAUUAUAUCGAAACUCUGGAAAGGCUACCGAAAGCCAAGAUGCUGGAUUUGUUUCAGAGGAGAUACAUACGCUCUGUUCUUAUAGCUUUUGGGUUGAUGGUGUUUCAGCAGUUUGGAGGAAUCAACGGAAUAUGUUUCUACACAAGCUCGAUAUUUGAGCAAGCAGGUUUUCCCACAAGACUUGGGAUGAUAAUAUAUGCUGUUCUUCAGGUGGUAAUCACUGCGCUUAAUGCACCCAUAGUUGACAGAGCCGGAAGAAAACCGUUGCUACUGGUUUCUGCAACAGGGUUAGUGAUAGGCUGUUUGAUAGCAGCGGUCUCUUUUUAUCUCAAGGUUCACGACAUGGCACCCGAAGCAGUCCCAGUCCUGGCUGUUGUUGGUAUAAUGGUGUACAUAGGAUCGUUUUCAGCAGGAAUGGGGGCAAUGCCGUGGGUGGUCAUGUCUGAGAUAUUUCCCAUAAACAUAAAAGGAGUAGCAGGAGGCAUGGCGACGCUGGUGAACUGGUUUGGAGCGUGGGCUGUUUCUUACACUUUCAACUUCCUCAUGUCCUGGAGCUCUUACGGUACUUUCCUCAUUUACGCUGCCAUCAACGCGCUGGCCAUUGUCUUCGUCAUUGCCAUCGUACCUGAAACGAAAGGGAAGACAUUGGAGCAGAUCCAAGCCGUUGUCAAUCCAUAGCUCAAACAGAUGUUAUUAUUUCAUAGAUGUUUCGUGUCUAUUCACUUGGGACAUUAAGUAGCAAUCUUGAAUCUCUUUGCUUUUAAGAUUCUUUACUUGGAUUGUUAUCAAUCUCUCUAUUUCUAAUGUCUUCUUAUUGAGCUUUGGACUUCUAAUGUUUUUCCAUAGUCCAGCCUCUUUCCUCCUCUGUCAUAUUUGCAGAGUCUUCAAAUAAAGAGAGAACGCAGAUUCAUACAAA